CGGGGCGCCGGCUGCCUUUUCUCAGGCUCCCGCACCGCCGCGGGUUUAGGCCGCGGCUGAGUCUGACUCGGGGCAGGUGGAAGGCGGCCGUCGCGGGAAAAACCCUGUUGAAGGUGAUGUUUGCAUAAUUCAAAGGAGAAGCCACAGUGAGAAUGUCAGCCCUCAACUGGAAGCCCUUUGUCUAUGGAGGGCUGGCCUCCAUCAUGGCGGAAUGUGGCACAUUUCCAAUUGAUUUAACCAAGACACGGCUCCAGAUUCAAGGCCAGACAAAUGAUGCCAACUUUAGAGAAAUUAGGUACCGAGGAAUGCUGCAUGCUUUGGUGAGGAUAGGCAGAGAAGAAGUGAAGGCCCUGUAUUCAGGGAUUGCCCCUGCAAUGCUACGCCAGGCUUCCUAUGGUACCAUCAAGAUUGGCACUUACCAGAGCUUGAAGCGAUUGUUCGUGGAGCGUGCAGAAGAUGAAACCCUACUGAUCAAUGUUGUGUGUGGAAUUCUCUCUGGAGUUAUAUCCUCUACCAUUGCUAAUCCAACUGAUGUUUUAAAAAUACGAAUGCAAGCACAAAACAGCACUGUUCCAGGAGGAAUGAUAGGCAACUUCAUUAACAUUUACCAGCAGGAAGGGACAAGAGGAUUAUGGAAGGGUGUGUCCCUCACCGCUCAGAGGGCUGCUGUUGUGGUCGGCGUGGAGCUGCCGGUCUAUGACAUCACCAAGAAGCAUCUGGUGCUCUCAGGCCUGAUGGGAGACACUGCCUACACUCACUUCCUCUCAAGCUUCACCUGUGGUCUGGUGGGGGCCCUAGCCUCAAACCCUGUUGAUGUUGUGAGAACCCGUAUGAUGAAUCAGAGAGUCCUUCGAGAUGGCGGGUGCUCUGGCUACACAGGUACCCUGGAUUGCUUGUUACAGACAUGGAAGAAUGAAGGGUUUUUUGCUCUAUAUAAAGGGUUUUGGCCAAAUUGGUUGAGGCUUGGUCCUUGGAAUAUCAUUUUCUUUGUGACAUAUGAGCAGCUGAAGAAACUGGACUUGUGACAAGGCCUCAUGAGACAUCCCUCUGAAAGUGCAAACUUCUGCACAGUAGAGCUUCCUGUGUUUCUUUCUGCUUUGCACUGUUCGGCUCUUCACAGGUUCUGGGACGAGAGCCACAGAUGAAGACAGGGUUAGUUCAGAUCACUGUGUGUGUUGGCAUCAAAUGCUUCAUCAGUGUUAAUGACCUGUGACACCCAGGCACAAGUCCUUACCACUGAAAUGCCCUUCAACAUCUGAGAUAAUAUAUAAAAAUGCUGUUUUCUUCAGGGACAGUAACUCCAGAUGCUUCUCAGCUUACAGCUGGAAAAACUCAUGAAAACCAUCGAUGGAGCCUCUAAAAGGGUGUUACUGUGCUUGAAUUGCUGGGAGCUUUUGCUUCUUGUCAGCUGAAGACCUUUCACAUGUGGAGACCCAGACUUUUGAACCCCAGCUGUAACCAGUGCAAAAAAUAGAUUCUUGGGGAAUUGUACUGCUUUAUAACUUCCUAUUUUGGCAGGAACUUUCACUUAUAAUAAGUGAUUUAAGCCUUUGAAGACUUGACCUUUGUGAGGAAUUGUUACAGUAUAUUAAUACCUGCAUUUAUGGUGUGAUGUGUUGGCUUCAAAGGUUAUUAAGGUAUAUAAGGUAUAUGUUGGUAGAAGGUGAUUUCAAGCCACUUGUCUUCUAUCUUCGGUAACAUUAGUAAUUUGCUGUAUGAUUUUGCAGCAACGAUUAUUGUUUCCCAGUCUGUAAAGUGACAUCUAUUGAUGUAGGGAUCAAAUGAAGAAAUAAUAGUGUUACUAUAUGACACACUUACAUCAUGUUUGCAGCUGUGAUCCUUCAGUAAGCAGCCUGUAUAUGUAGAAGGAAGUCUGUUAUCACGGGCUUUUCCCGUAAUCAUGACUGAAGCCUUUUGUUAAAGACCUUGGUAAAGAAAGAACACUGGGAGCUAGAAGUAUGGCUCACAUGGUAGCAAAU